CGCGGUGCGCAGUUGCUAAGGAACGCUCGUGGAGGCCAAAAAGUGGCGGCAGCCGCGGAGCGAGUUCUACAUGUCAAGCACAGCUGGGAGGUCCCCCGUUUGUCUUCUCAGUCCUGCCGUUGUCUAAGGUGGCAGGCCUGGAGAGGCCAGGCCCAGCUGUCCUCACCCAAGGCCAAAUGGAGCCUCCACGUUCAUGAGUAGUAUAUCUGUGCCGGUAAACUGCUUUCAUUCGCUGCUCACGUUCUCUUGGAGCUUGAGUGGCUGCUGCUGGAGGCAUGUUCAGCAAACUGAGGGCUCAACUUAGGUCUUUUUGCCUGUUUCUUAACUUGUAACGAGAUCUUUAAGCAUAAAUAGAAAAGUCCCGUGCACCAGUGGCAAUCCUAACGUAAGCUUACUGUUGGUAUUUUAGCAACGUUUUUUUUCAUAGACAACAAUAAAAUCACAAUUUUCUGAAUCUCCUGCUGAAUGGUAAUGGGGCCAGGGAAACCAUCUCGUGUGCCUUUGACAUCCUUGUCCCAGCUGGGAAAAACCGAAGAGAGGCCUCUCCGGACCCAGCUUCAGUUCAAUCGGAAUGUUUCUGCGCUGCCAGGGAACUUGGCUUUCCAAUUCACCAGCCCUAGUCCGAUUAUAAUAGAAAAGCUGAAGCAACCUCAGAAUAGGAAGGACCAAGGUGCCGGCGAUGCACUGGAUUUCCGAAACUCUGUUGAGUUUUCUGUCAUAUCCGAAGAGAAGCUCAAUUUGGCUGUUCAGCUGGCCAAAAGGGACGUGAAACGCAGACAUCUGGAGGAGCAAGUGAGACAACAUUUCCUCAGCGAGAAGAAAACUGCUCCCUUGCAACCUGUGGGGCCUGGGCAAGCCAGGAGGAAGCCUGAAAACAUUGUAGGACCGAGAGCAUCAAAUUGCCUCCAGAAAGAUGAAUGCCAGCUUGGCAAUGGGUCCAAACUGGGGACAACCAGCUCAGGAGCCAAAGUCUAUCUCUACACCCCAAAUCAGAUGAAGUUGAAAGCUGCUGUGUCUGAUUCACCCCCCACCCGUGAUCCAGGACCUGGGCCCAGAAAGGAGGAAGACAAGACUGCCCUGGAGGUUCGGCGGCUGCAAAAGGAGCUGCAGAGCUACAUCCAGAAAAUAGAACAGCUGGUAAAAAAAGAGAGAAGUGAAGAAACGUUGGAUCCCGAUGAAGAGCGCCGGGUCCGUGUUCGAAGGCAGGAGCAGGCUGUGCGAUCUGCACGAAUGCUGUAUGUGCUGCAACAACAGGUAAGAGAAAUUCAGGAAGAUCUGGAGAAGCUGAGUCCCCAGAAAAUCAAACACACAAAAAAGUCCCGAGCCAUGGCCCAGCUGGCAGCAGCUCACAGAGGCGCAGUCCGGGCUUUGCAGAUGUUCACCGCUCGCUUGGCCAGCCAGUCGGAGCACCAUCUGGCUCCUGGCCACUGCAAGGAACUGGGCAACCUCAUCCGGCAGCUGUCCCUCUGCUCUGCUCGCUUGGAGAUGGACUCCUCCAUUCCUGAUGUCGUCAUUGACAUCCUGCUGCAAAUAGAGGAUUUGGAGUCUCUGCUGUCCAAGAAAGAGUCGCCCCAAAAAGAGAAGAAAUGGCCUUCCACAUCUCAGGUUGAACAGCCAUCAGGCAGAGCCAGGGUGCCAAGCAGAGAGAAGAAAGUUUUUCCACCGGAGUCCAAAAAGUCACCAGUAGCUAGAAGACUUCUCCCUUCCAAUGAAGAAGAUGUACAAGAUUUUAUUGAUGACCCCCAGCAGACUGAAGAGGUGUCACCAGAGAAAAUGAGAGAUCGCUUUGGUACAGCUGCCCCGGAAUGUGUGCCUGCUCUAGAGCAAGAUGGAGCUUUUCAGGCCAGACCCAAGGAGGCCUUGAGAAGACCCAAGCCUGUGAAAAAGGCCUCUGGUCUCGAAGGUGGCCCACUGAAAAAGAAAGGAGUGAUGUUUUCUUCCAAAGCUCAGGGAAGUACCAGAGCUCAGAGACCAAGAACUGAGCAGCCUCAAGCCAAGCACGCUCGGUUUCAGGACACCACUGUGGCAUUCCGGCUCAAGGAGACCAAGCCGCCAGUUCGAGAAAGCCGGGUCCCCUGGGUGCCUCCCAGCCCCACGUCCCCUCUAGGGUCACCUCGACGGCCACCGGAUCGAAGUCCCCAAAGCAGAGAAACCAUUUUGGAGAAAGAGAGAACAGGAGAAGGAAGACGAGGCACAGAAAAGACAGCUGUCAGGGCCGACAUCAUCUCUCCAAAGAAGAUUGUGGAUAAGAUGGAAAGGGAGAUUCGAGAGCGUCUGGAGCCCCUCUUGGAGAAAGCACAGAAGGUCAAUCUCUCCUUGGAAAGGAACAUUCGCUUGAAGGAGCCAUUACUGGAGAGCCAGACUUCCCCCCAGGGUGACGGAAAGGCUGCAUCUAAGCCUGGGAUCCUGAGCAGCCUUUUGGAAGACUCUGCUCUGGAGCAAAGCCAGAGGACAAGUCAGGAGUCUCUCCCUGCGCUCAGCGCCCCAGACCUGGAGAUGAUGCUUCAGAGGAUGGAGGAGAUCGAGAACUACCAAGAGCUUGUGCGAAGGCGGUAUAACCAGAUCGUCUAUUCUGAUCCUGAAUUCUGGGCCCAGGAAGAGCGAAGGGAGAACGCAGCUGCGGCAAGAGAUAAAUCUCCUGUAGCUCCCCAUCCCAUCCAGAUCACAAAGCCAGAAGGUCACCACGAGCCACAAGUGGAGAUCUUAUUAAAAAUGCCGAUGGAUGCAAAUGCUGUUGAGGAGGACGUGGAGCCAGAUGAGAGACCGGAGCCCAGCACUGAAAUUACGCAGUCUGCCGCUCGGGAUGUCUCCCAGCUGAAGCAGCCCCGCGCUUUCCUCUCUGUGCCCAAGAACAUGCUACAAAGCAUCCGUGAUUACAGCGCCCGCUACGAACAGCACCUGAAGUGCAUUUCCCACGAGGAAGUGGGCAACUUCAGUCCGUGGUACAUUGCGCAGAGUUUGGCAGAGGAGGUGACAGAGGAAGCCCUGGCGGACGUGGCGGCCGAGCUGCAAGACCUGUGUGAGGAUUACGCGGAAGCCGUCUUUACCUCCGAGUUCUUGGAGGCUGCCGAGUGACGGGGACUAGCUUUGCGGCUGUCGACUGAGCUCAGCUGUACUGGCUCAGUCAUCUUUCUGAAGAAAUGGUAUCGGGCUACCAUCGCAAAGAACUCUUCCUGCCUGACUCUGCCUGAACUUCAUGUGGGCAAUAUCUCGGUGAGGGGAUUUGACUAUUCCCGUGCCACACUCCAUUGUGCCUUGUUGAUGAAACUGUCUGGGUGUAAUUUUGAAAAAAUGAAUGAUACUGGGAGUUUUGGAACGGGCUCUUACCCCCUCAGUCCCUGCAAUAGAAGCCAUAUGGAUCAUACUUCUGGCUCAUCGUGUUUCUCUGGAUUUUGCACACAACCUCAAAUGACUCACGACCUCUUAGUCCUCUGUGUGUAGCUGCUUCACUCACAAUAAGGUGCAACCUCGCUGAAACACGGGGCAGCUUGAUCUCUUAAAUCACUGAGCGACACAGAGUCUAACCACUGAUUGCUUUGGGUUCACCAGCAAGGCUUUGUGAAUAAACCUUUCUUUGUCUUCUCUUCGGGGCUUCCUCUGCAGUUUGGGGGCUCAAGAUCCACAAAGGCUGGACCGUAUUUGUGGAGUACCCUGUAAGACCUUCCUCCUGCUUUGUGAGAAGAGCUUGAGAUGAUCUGAAGUCCUUGCUUCCACACUGGUGGGAAGCAGUCCUUCGAAGGGCUGAGCAUAUUUGGGGGCGGGAGGCAGAGAGGACUCAAAGGGGCUUACACUGUAUGUCAGCUUGUAACUUAAACAGAAAUAACAAAGCUCCAUGUGGGUAUUUGCUGCAUUGCAACCCACAGUGAACCUGCUUGGUGUGAUCUUGGGUGCUGGGGGACAGGAAUACUUCCUGUGCCAGCAAGACCUCAGUGUUCCUUCCCAUUGGCUGAUUUCCUGUCAGUCAUGGCCAUUCUGGCUUCCUGUUCUCCAGGUGCAAAGGAAAGAUACCAUUGGGCAAAGUGCUCUUUGGACCUUCUGACAUCAACUCUUUCAGCCUAUAGCCACCGUGAGUAAUAUUCCAGUGCUCAGGAAGAGACAUAAGUUUACUUGAAUAAUGUUUUAAUAUAUGUAUAUAUUAAAUCUUUAUCUCAAUAAUAUGUGAUUGUCAGGGUUUUUUAAAAUAACAGUGUUUGUAUCAAAGCAAUAUUUAAGAGGCAGCGGUCGUUCUUGUACAUUAGCAACACAAUUCUGUGAUGAGUUGCUUCGUUCAACAGAUAGCCGUGCAAUCUUAAGAGUUACUCCAGCGUAAGCCCGAUCAUUUCAGCAGACUGAGACUGGAGUAAUUGCAUAGGAUUGGGCUGUCAGUGUACUCAGGAUUGUGCUGUAGGGUGAUAACUCAAUAUUUUGUUUUUUUGAAAUGUGAAAAGUAUUAAUAAACAGGCAUUUCCAUAUG